AGAGCCAGCCUGUGCUGGGAAGGCGGCCAGAGCUUGAGGGGCAGCUCCGACCUGGUGGUCCCUGAGCAGCCUCCCAGCAGGGAGAAACCCUUCAGGUGCUUGGAAUGUGGGAAGAGCUUCAGGACGAGCACCCACCUCCUCAGCCACCAGCACAUCCACACUAGGGAACGGCCCUACACAUGUGGGGAAUGUGGGAAGAGCUUCAGGAACAGCUCCAACCUGAUCCGACACCAGCACAUCCACAUUGGGGAACGGCCCUACCUGUGUGGGGAAUGUGGGAAGAGCUUCAGGGACAGCUCCACCCUGAUCCGGCACCAGCAAAUCCACACUGGGGAUUGGCCCUACACAUGUGGUGAAUGUGGAAAGACCUUCAGGUACAACUCCAACCUCCUCAACCACCAGCACAUCCACACCGGGGAACAGCCCUACACAUGUGGGGAAUGUGGGACAAGCUUCAGGCAGAAGUCCUACCUGAUCCGACACCAGCGCAUCCACACUGGGGAACGACCCUACAUGUGUUGGGAAUGUGGGAAGACCUUCAGGGACAGCUCUGACCUGAUCAAACACCAGCACAUUCACACUGGAGAACGGCCCUACACGUGUGGGGAAUGUGGGAAGAGCUUCCACCAGCGCUCCAGCCUCCGCAUACACCAGCACAUCCACACUGGGGAACGACCAUAUGAGUGCUUGCAGUGUGGGAAGAGGUUUCGGACCACCUCACAUCUCCUCACGCAUGAACGGACACACACGGAUGAGAGGCCCUUCCGCUGCACCGACUGCGGGAAGGGCUUCAAGCACAACUCCACCCUCGUCACCCACCGGCGAAUCCACACCGGGGAGAGGCCCUACAAGUGUGGGGAGUGUGGGAAGAGCUUCACUCAGAGCUCUAAGUUGACCAGACACGAACGGACCCACCGGUAAGGGAAGCCCUACCAGUGCCCCAACUUUGGGAAGAGCUUCGGCCGCUGCUUCCACCCAGAAUGAACCCCGUGAUGGUGAGGCAACCCCUGGAGUGCAGUGACUGUCAGUCCAACCCUUUCAACCACAAAGGGCCAGUCCCCUUUCCCAGGGGCAGCUUCUUCCAACAGAAGCCUUCUUGGAGGGUUUGUGGAGAUUCCUGCCUUGGCUGGGGAACCCCCAGGGUCACUGCUGGAGGUUGAGAGCAGAGACCUCCCCCUGAGCGUUGGUCUGGGGGAGUUCCAUCCAUCUCUAAUUAAGAAUUAUUGCUUUUGUGCCAGCUUGAGUAGAAUGGCUUCAACAAUUGCUUUAGUGUAGAGCACUGUCCUGUAUUAUCCUGUACUCCUGUUAGUUUUAGUGUUUCUGUUGUGCAGGAAAUAAUUGUGAUGAAGAUCUUUUCUCUGAUCAUUUGUAACCCUAAAUAAAUUCAUUUCUAUCAAUAGAU